GUAUAAAUCGUAUCGGAACCUUUCUGUCGCACACUGUAACUGGCUCCUCGCAAUCACAGCAUUCUCUCAUUACAUUAGUACCAAGGUUCCAGAGGUCCGUUUUAGCGUAAUAAGGGUAAUUUCGAAACCGUAUAAAAGUGCCCCAAUAGGGUCAACAGGCACAGUUCGAUUCUAGGUGCCAUCCGUUGUGUUCCGAUUACAAUCAUGUAUUUAUUCCACCUCACGCUUCUGGCGGUCGUCGCCCUCAGUUCCACCGCCCAGCUGCCAUCCCGGAGCUACCUUCCGUCCCAAAGCCAAAGCCAGGGCAGCUUCGGCAACUUCCAGAGUUCCUCUGGAGACACUGGUUCCUCUGGGAAUACACGCCCACAGCAAGCGGUGGAGAAAAAUGCAGAAAUCUUGAAACAGGAUACGGAAGUUGGGGAAACUGGUUUCCACUACAGCUUCGAGACCUCCAACGGCAUCAAGGCCGAAGAAUCCAACAACGCUGGCAACUCCCAAGGCGGCUUCUCGUACAAAGGCGACGAUGGUCACACCUACACCAUCACGUACACCGCCGGAGAGGGAGGCUACAAGCCCCAGGGGGCGCACUUGCCGAUAGCUCCCCCCACCCCGGAGGCUAUACUGUUGGCCCUUCAGCAGAACGCUAAGGAUGAGGCUGCUGGCAUUUUUGACGACGGAAAAUACGAUGCAGCGAAGCAUGGCGGUGGUAUUAGCUCCAGCUCAUCAGGCUCAGGGUUCAGCUCCUCACCAUCAUCAUCAGCAUCUAGCUUCGGAUCCAGCCAUCAGACCAGUUUUAACCCUAACACUGGAUACAGAUAUUGA